AUCAUUCACCAAAAACUCUCCACUCUCAAAACCCAAAUCAGAAAAAAAGCCAUGGCUGCAGUUGAAUUGCUCCCAAAAGAAUAUGGAUAUGUAGUUCUUGUUCUUGUUUUCUACUGUUUUCUCAACUUCUGGAUGUCCUUUCAAGUCGGCAAAGCCCGCAAACAGUACAAGGUUUCUUAUCCAACAAUGUAUGCUAUUGAAGCUGAAAAUAAGAAUGCAAAGCAAUUUAACUGUGUUCAGAGGGGUCAUCAGAAUUCAUUAGAAAUGAUGCCAAUGUUUUUCAUGCUGAUGAUUGUUGGAGGAAUUAGGCACCCUUUGAUUUGUGCAUCUCUGGGAGCUGUUUAUAUUGUGUCUCGUUAUUUCUACUUCACUGGCUAUGCCACUGGUGAUCCCCAAAAUCGUCUUACUCUUGGGAAAUACAACUUCUUGGCAAUAAUGGGACUGAUGGUUUGCUCAAUAUCUUGUGGAGUUAAUUUCCUUAUGUCAUGAUUCAUGAAUAAUAAUCUCAAAUGGAGCAACCUCCUUGUAAUUCCCUUCAUUCCAGUAAAGGCUGUCUUUUAGGUCUUUCCCUGUUGCAUUAGAUGUUGACUUUUGUUUUUUGGUUGCUCCUAAUUUCAAGCUCUUCUAAUGUGAUGUAAGUCUUUUUAAGUUGUACCUUUCGCUGCCUUCUUGUGGAAUUGUCAAUAAUAUGAAUUGAAUUGGUACUUUCUGUAUCAAGUUGACCUCA